AGAGGCGGGGCCCGUCGCCCGCUCGGUGUGCAGAGAGACUGCGUUCGAGCUUCUCCUUCCGGGGGGAUGCUCAGCCCCGCGGGAAACCGCAGAAAAAGGUCCUUGCCACUUUAAGUGACUCAGGAAGUGAAAGGAGGCCGCUGACGGCGUGGGUAAAGUGGAACCGGGGCGGCGUGGGCCCGCGGCGGCCGCGAUCUUGCCCGGCAACGGAGGCCGAGCUGCGCGGCGCAGGGGCCGACGGGGCGCGGGCUACCGCGCCGGAAGUGGCGCGUGAGGGACGGGGCGCGGCGCGGCGCGCGGCGGAGAGACCGAGUGGGCGCUAGGCCCAGCGCUGACGGCUGGCCAGGCCCUCAGGCCUCAGCUGCUGCAGACGCGGCGCAGCCCAGCGGGGCGGCCGGCCGGCCAGGCCCCGGGGAAGCGGGCCUGCGUGAGGAGGCACCGCGGCGAAGGCGGAGAGCACGCAAGCCGCUAGGCCUCGGCCUCGUCCCUGCAGCCACAUGGCCUCCGGAGUGGGCGCGGCCUGCGAGGAGCUGCCUCCCGACGGCACGUGUGACGAGUGCGAACCCGACGAGGCGCCCGGGGCGGAGGAGGUGUGCCGGGACUGCGGCUUCUGCUACUGCCGCCGCCACGCCGACGCGCAUCGCCAGAAGUUCCUCAGCCACCGCCUGGCCGCGUACGUCCAUGGCGCCCAGGCCUGGACUCCGCCAGCCAGCGGGGACGAAGCGCUCCCUGAAGACGUCGAGGCCAAAGGGGAGGCCGAGAGGGAGGGAGAGAGCGAGCUGGGGGAAGAAGAGAGCGAGUCCGAGGUAGACAGCGAGUCGGAAGAAGUGAGCGAGACGGAGGAAGACACUGAGGAUGAGAGUGACGAGGAGAGUGAAGAAGACAGCGAGGAAGAGAUGGAAGAUGAGCAGGAAAGCGAGGCGGAGGAAGACAACCAAGAGGGAGAAUCUGAGGCAGAAGGAGAAACUGAGGCAGAAAGCGAAUUUGACCCCGAAAUAGAGAUGGAAGCGGAGAGAGUGGCCAAGAGGAAGUGUCCAGACCACGGGCUGGAUCUGAGCACCUAUUGCCAGGAAGACAGGCAGCUCAUCUGCGUCCUGUGCCCAGUCAUUGGGGCUCACCGGGGCCACCAGCUGUCCACGCUCGAUGAAGCCUUCGAGGAACUGAGAAGCAAAGAUUCCGGUGGACUGAAGGCAGCUAUGAUAGAGUUGGUGGAAAGGUUAAAGUUCAAGAGCUCAGAUCCUAAAGUAACUCGAGACCAGAUGAAGGUAUUUAUACAGCAAGAAUUUAAGAAAGUUCAGAAAGUGAUUGCUGAUGAGGAGCAGAAGGCCCUUCAUUUAGUGGACAUCCAAGAAGCAAUGGCCACAGCUCAUGUGACUGAGAUAUUGGCGGACAUCCAGUCUCACAUGGAUAGGUUGAUGACUCAGAUGGCCCAGGCCAAGGAACAACUUGAUACCUCUAAUGAAUCAGCUGAGCCAAAGGCAGAGGGUGACGAGGAAGGACCCAGUGGUGCCAGUGAAGAAGAGGACACAUGAAGACUUAUCAUUCCCUGCAGAAAACACCCCUUCCCCGUGUGUAUGUGACAGCGUGUGUGUAAUGGCUUCUGAUAUCUGUGAAAGCUGCCCAGCAACAAACUCCUUCCACUGGAUAUGUCCCCAGAUCCACAGCAGGCACACGUUCCCAAGGGACCAGGGGUUGUGUGCACACUAACUGUGUGCUUCUUGUUCUCUUGUAGUAGGUCAAGAAAAGAGCACCUUUAAUCAACUUGGAGGCUCUUCAGACAACCCCCCAAUGGCUGCUUUGAACUUACUCAGGAAAGCCAGCCCCUGGAAUAUUGUGCAAGUCAACACUAUCACUUCCUUAGGAAGGUUCUAGAACAUCUUGAAAGGAAAUCAAUUUUCCUUACCUGCAAACAGAAAACUCACUCUGUUUGUACUGAAGCUUAGAGCAAAUGUGGCCAAGUGGACCAGACUGAUGGAGUAGGCAGUCUGUCCUAGUCCAUACUGCCUUGUGUGAAGAGUUAGGGCAGUGUGGUUAAAGGAGGGUUGGAGAAAGAGUCCAGAGCUAGAAAGAAGAUAUUUUUAGUAUGUGAGGUUAUCUAGGACUUAAGUUUCAUAAUUCAGUGCUGUGGAAAUGGAAAAAUGAUUGAAAAGAUGGAAAGGAAAUGACCUUAAGGACCGGGGUGAGGCAAAGAAAUCUGAUUAAAAGUUGAAAUCAGUGUUUCAGAAUUCAGAUUGCCAAAUUUUCCAAAAUGGUCACUAAAGCAUCUGAUAAAAACGUGAAUUCUUGGGCCAGCUGUGUGGAUUAUGGGCCUGUCACAACAUAAAAGGCUGGCAUGUAUAUUGGCAGGUGGAGAUUGUCACUGCGAAAACUUAGCAGUUUCACUCCGAGGUUAGUCUGUGGUGGCCAGUGCACUGAGGGGACUCCUCGCCACUCCCUGGCUGCUAGCAAACAUUCCCUCUAUUUACUAUAAUUGGAAACCUCCCUUCCCCUGCAGCAGGCCUUCAGUUCACCUCACAUGCCCCAGUUUUUUAUGUAGCAUGUCCAGGCAUGCCCCAGAGCUGGAUUUCCUGGCCUUCUUACACUCCCAGAUCACAGUGUCUUACAGCCAUACUUUUCAGGAUCAAGGAAGUACUAGUGUGCUGGGAGAUACCCAGCUGCAAGCUCACAAGCACCAUAGCUUCUUAAGGCAUCAGUUUUUCUUUCCAAAUGAUUUGAAGUCAGGGGAUGACUGUAUUUUGUAAUAAAACAAACUCUUACAUUAUAGAAGAGAAUGUUUAUACACCUAAACUGCUAAACUAAAAUAGGAGACUUGGAAGGAACCUCUUAUUUGUAAGUUGUCAGGGAUUCUAUCUCCUCUGCUUGUGUGGUAUUUCCAUGUUCACUUUGAGAUUUUUGUCUGAACUGGAUUCAAGCAGCUUUGGGGUUGCUGUUGACCAAGGUCCAGAUCCAAGGAGUCCACCUUGGAGUAAGUCUCCCUUUUCCAGUCAGCCAGCUCGCCUGUGUGCUUAUCACAAAGCUUUAGGGGCAGCUAACUUGGAUAUGUACAGGAUAGUUCUAAGGCAGAAACAACAUAUGCUUAUUGUAGGCUUCCUAUUUAUCUCAUUGAUCAACCCUGUGCAUGCUAGAAAAUGGUUUAUCCCUUUGAGGCCAGGAAAUUGCCAAGACUCUAUGCUGUAGGCUAGGAUUACCCUAGCUCACUAUGCAUACAAGGAUAUUGGGGCAGAGAGGAGUGUGAGAUCUAAAAUAUAUAUAUAUAUAUAUAUAUAUACUUUCCCCAGCGUUGGCUAGUAGAUGGCUUAGACAAUUUUGGUGCCUUACCAUCUGUCUGCAAAGACUGGAGAAUUUAAUACAUCUCAAGUUAACAACCUCCAAUGAUAUCCUGUUCUGACAGAAUUUUAAAAGAAGGACCACUCUAGAAAGAGUGUAGAAUAUCGGAAGUUUGAAAAGACUUGACAGUUUGAAGCUUGUAUUGUCUUUCCCAGUAAUCAUUGAUCUUUACAUGUUAACCUUAUAUUAGCAAUGAACAGAUCAUUGCCUCUCCACCUAAUCAUGCUAUUACUUUCAAUCAGUGUUUGGGGAAUUCAAGCACUUAUGAAGUAGUUAUAAACAGAAAUGUAAGAUUUGCCAACCUGUCUCUAUAAAUUACCAUCUCUCUGGAAUCCUCAAGGAAAGCAUUUUCCCUUUACUUAGAAAGGGUUUCAGAUUCACUUGAUGGGCUCCUGCUGUCUUCAGCACCUGAUAAAACUUUAACCAGAAAAGCAUUAAACAGCACAGCAGCUCCUACCCAGAUCCCUAAGUUCCUAGUGGCAGCAUUUAUCAAUGUAAGAACUAGGAUGUUUUCUUUACUGGUAUCAGCUUCGUCCUCAGAGCUGUGACCUCUUGUUUAGCCUUGUGCCCCAUGGUGAACGAAGCUUCUUGCCUUUCCAGGUCAGUGUGAGUUAAGAGUGUCAGAAUUGUAUGUGUCCUGAUGGACUGUGGACAGCAGGGUUUACCCAAAUCAUCAAUGUCUCUAAAAUAAGUUGGGCUCUCCGAACAAGUCCUGGAUACCUUCUGAAUGUUAAGUUUCUGAGUGCUGAGCAUAAUUUGUUCAUUGGUUUGAUACCACUAUAUCUAGGGCAGUUCCAAGAAGUGCUUGACUUCUCAGCCUUGACAGCCAGUAAGAGGAAGUAACCUUAGGACAAGCUAUGAGCCUCUGUAGAUGUGACUUGUCUGUAGUUGCUAGCAAACAAUGGAACCAGUUUUGAGCACAGCACUCUGUGCUCUGCAGUCAGCCCUCUGCCCCACACCAUGACUCACCCACAGAUAGAUAGAUAGAGAGAGUGAAAGGCUUUAGGCUUUCAGUUCCCCAGUGCAGUAUGCACAUUCACACUCUGAAUUCUUUUUCAAAGACAUCAAGAUGGCCUUAGUCCUCUGCUCCAGUAGAAGUUGAAAGCAUUCAAUGUUAACUUGAGCUUCCUUCCAGGAGCUGGGAAAGCAUUUCUUUUUGGUACAAUCCGCACAAAGGAAAAUAAAGGCCUUCAAGAGUGUAAAGUUUUUAGACAGAGUUGGAAGUGAUGGCUGUCCUCUGCCUUUAUAACCUCCUGCUUCAUGGCUAUAGAAAAGCAGAUCUUCACAUUUUAGGAAACCCAGCUACCAUGACUGUACUCUGUGAGAAGGUGCCAAUUCAAAUGAGAGAGAGAGAGAGAGAGAGAGAGAGAGAGAGAGAGAGAGAGAGAGAGAGAGAGAGAGAGAGAGAGAGAGAGGAGAGAGGAGAGAGGAGAGAGGAGAGAGGAGAGAGAGAAUGAAUGAAUAAGAGUGAAAUGUGCACACACCUGAAUAUACUAAUAUACUAUACCUCUUAAUUAAGAGUUAAGUGAAAUUCAAAGCAGCCCCUGGUGAUUUUCUAUCCCACCACAAAGGUUUCUUCUAGGUCCAUGUAAGUAUACACAGAUCAUUGAAAUGUGGCUGCUGGCUUCCAGAAUAACCCCUUUGUGGGAGGUGUCAACUCUUACAGCACCAAGCCAAGGUGACACCCCAGCCCUCUUCCACCAUGUCUAAUAACAUGGAAAUGGUAGAUGCCUUGUCAUUUGGUGACCUGGAUCUGGGCCCAGUUGUAGAGCUGCAGAAUUUAUAACCUUGUAGUAGUCAGUGAUCUAAGAAGUCCUCUCUCCCCGCAGAGAAAAUGUCCUGCUGAUUCCUGAUAUUCUACUCUCAUGAAGUAGCUGUUCAAUACACAUUUCUCAGUAAACUGAUUACUUAUUAUGUGCUGAGCACAUCUAGAUUCUUUGUCUAAAGUCCCAUUAUAAAUCAAGUCUAGCCUUGCCCUAAGAGAAAAGGCCCACAGAGAUUGCACAUCUCACUGAUGCUGCCUUCACCCAUCAGUGUUUCUGAGGCCCAUCCUCCUAUGAAUUCCAAGAGCCACAGAUCAUCCAAGAGAUCAUUCAGAUCACUUGGUUCCCCAUUACUAUUUGAAGCUGAGCAGAAACACUAGAACAAGGACCAGAGCAGGAAAGUGAAAAUAAAUGAAGACACUUGGAGUGCACUGUUGGGAAAAUAGCCAGAGUCCAUGCUGGGCUUGAUGUGGCUUUAGGGGACCAAUCAUUUAUACUUUAUGGAAGUUAACCUGACCAGUCUUUACAGUGACAGGCCACAGCGUGUGAGUGGGUAGAAUCAACGAAUCCAUUGUCUUCUGCCUGUUUUUGUGUACACAGUCACAUUCCCUCCUUAGUCAUCUUCCCCUUCCACCCUUUACACUAAACAAGGGAACACUCAAUCUUUCAAGGGAAUUACAUAUCUGAGUUAAUGUUUCAGUAUAUCAUUUUCAUACUGUAAAUUAUUUUGUAAGAGAGAUUUACUGCUAUCCCAGGAUGUUCGGACUUGGCGCCCCUGUGCAUUUGGAAAUCAAUAAACUAUUACUGGAAAUAC